UUAUACACUGUAAAGAUUGCUUUCACAUCCUGGUCCUUCAAGAAUGGUCCAAAGAUUAAAGACCCAAUUCUAAGCCACCUCCUGAAAUAAGAUUAAAAAUUGACAUACCGCUUGUCAAUCGAAUUUUUGUUGCUGAAAUAACAAUAUAUAAAGGAGAAAACAACCAAAACGCUGUGCAACAAAAUCCCGCAAACACUAAGUAUACGAAAUGGCUGUUGAUUACCGCACGACAUACAAUAACACAGGCUUCCUUUCUUGUGUGGACGUCCUUGAUGAAAUGGAAACCAGACGAUUGAAAGAAAAUUUCGAGGACUUGGAAAAGAAAGCAGGAAAGUUGUCCUCUCAGUAUUCUUUUCACAACCUCCACGUAAAUCACCAGUGGAUCUUACAAAUUGCUACACACCCAAACCUUCUGAAGCCUGUUAAGGAAAUCCUGGGACCAAACAUCAUUCUGUUGGAUUCCAGAUUCAUCUGUAAAUAUCCUAUGGCAGACGUUCAGCCUGACUGCGGGGAACAAGCCUUUGUUGCCUGGCAUCAAGACAUGAAAUACUGGGGUAUUGAGGGGAGAGUCGUCACAGCCUGGCUUGCCGUCGAUGAUGCAGAUCUGGAAAAUGGCUGCAUGCAGGUCAUACCCGGGACUCAUAAAAAUGGUCUUGUAGAACACGAAAUAUGCAAAGUUGGAGGAAACCUGCUGAGUUCAAAUCAGUCAAUUCCACUGGAACUUGUGGAUAUAGCCUCGGCCCUUCCCUGCCCCGUAAAAGCCGGACAAUCGUCCUUCCACGAUGGGUUGCUAAUUCACGGAAGUGAGCCAAACAAGUCAGCAAGACGACGAUGUGGUUACGUCAUUAGGUACGUAGCAACCAGCGCAAAACCAAUCCAAGAUCCGGAAAAGCCACGGACCUUUCCGAGCACCGUCCUUGUUUCUGGACAAGACGACUACAAGAAUUUUGAGAAUAACAGACCUGACUGGUUUCAAAUAACCGAAUGAGUAUUUGUUUACCCUUUACAAACACUGCAUUUUGUGAGUUGUAGGAUAUGUCUAUCAUUUGGGUUGUAUCAUACAAACUGUUCGUAAUUCUUGCCGAUAUUUACUGUAUCUCUUGAAUUAAUACGCUUUAAUAUUUUCAUUCUUUAGAAAUUGUUUACAUCACUAUAUAUCAUAUGGUAUAUUUCUGUCAUUUUAAUUUCGUUUCGUUUUCACGUGCACUGGAAUAGAGUAUAAGACUGAACUUAUUUCGAUUUCGGGAAGUACAAACAAUAAGUAGAUUUGAAAUAUUUUAAGUAUCACAUGAUCGAUGCAAUCAUCGAGGAAGUUCCCAUGAGUUGUUUUAUUCAUAUUUCAAAAUUAAGCUUAAUUCAAACCUUUUGUACAAUGAUUCUUUAGAAAUCCAUUUAUAUAUAUAAACGUAAGGUUGGGUGUUAUAAUUGUUUGUUUGUGCUUUAUAUUAAAUAUUCUAUACAAUUGCAUCGAGAGAUCCACUCUCCUUAUAAAAUAUCUUAAACACUGAAUGACACAGCGACUGUGUGGGAUUGCAUCAGUGUGUAUAAGUAGCGCUUUAGGAGCAUAACAAAGCUUCCUUUAGGAGGGAAGUCGUUGUGGGCAAGUGGACUUACGCACUGGUUUGACAAUCUUGCUAGGCGGUGGGUGCCGUACGUCGAUGGUUCGACCCCGGGCUGGAGCGAAAAUUUUCAGUACCUAGUUGUGAUUAUUUAGUGCUUUAUAUAUUAAUUAAUUGAUUUUUACAUGUAUCGUUUAGAUCCUAGGGGUAAACGUAAGGUUGGGUGUUAUAAUUGUUUGUUUGUGCUUUAUAUAUAUAUAUAUAUAUAUAUAUAUAUAUAUAUAUAUAUCAAAAUUGGUACCGUAUAAGUUUUACAUUAUGACCCCUGGGUCGAGGCCUCUGCUGGUGGACUGUUAGCCCCCGAGGGUCUCUACAGCCCAGUAGCUAAGUACUUCGUUACUAGCUUGAAAAUACGGAUGUAUAUUUAUUUGCUGUUACAGAAUUUAGAAAUUCAUUUCAAAAUUAAGGAUUAUCUCCCUCACGCAUAGCUCUUAUCCUUAGACGAAUUUGACCCCACUUUUUGGCACAGUUUCCCCCUGAAAUAGAUCUAAAACUUCAUUGUUAUUUCGGAUUUCAAACAUUUCGCGGUUAAGCAUCACUGAAGAGACAUUAUUUGUCGAUAUGCGCAUCUGGUGCAUCAAAAUUGGUACCGUAUAAGUUUUACAUGUGUGUGUGUGUGUGUGUGUGUGUGUGUGUGUGUGUGUGUGUUCUAGGUUCUUCAGUGGACUUUCUCAUUAUGUAUACACUGUUUUGCAUAGUUCUGUUUGAUUAUUUGAAAUUAUCAGGAAUUAUUAUAUAUGUAUACAAGUUGUGUUUAAUACAAAAGUACCAAUU